AUGCUCUGCUUCGACCUCGGCCAGGCCAUAGCUGCAGCCGCUCUCGACACGUACACCUCGAUCCCGCCAAACGGCAAGCCUCGCCGUCGCUCCAACUGCCAAUCCGAGUGGACCGUCCUCGCCGCCGUCUGCCUCUACCGCCAGCUCGACAACCAUGCCCACUACGACGUGCGCUGUGUCUCCUUAGGCACCGGCCUCAAGGCGCUUCCUCACGCUCGUCUCCCUGUCCACGGCGACGUCCUGCACGACUCGCACGCCGAGGUCAUUGCCCGACGAGGCUUCAAGCUCUGGCUGUACCGCCAGAUCGAGCGGGCCGCCCGGGACGAGCGCGAGCGCGUACACGGCGAGGGGGACCUCCUCAUCGAGCGAGUCGACGGCGAGUGGAGCCUCAAGCCAGGCUGGAAGGCCGCCUUCUACGUCAGCACCUUGCCGUGCGGCGACGCGUCGACCUAUUUCCUUUCGCUCUCGGCGCCCGUCGACAGCGACCAUGCGCCAACAACGACAUCGUCGACUUGCUCUUCAUCAUCGUCUGGACGAGUCGGAGAAGGUGCGGCCUCGCCCCGGCACCCAUCGCUCGCCGUCGCCGCUUCUCUCGGCAUGCACACCUCGCGCGACCCUCAUUCGCCCACGCCCAGUUCCUCCUCCCUCCCAGCCUCUCCCAUCACCUCAUCCACGCCUACCUCACUCUCCCCUACACCCCCCGCCGUCCACCGCGGCCGCGCGUCCUACUCGACCCUGUCGAUCCUGCGCACCAAACCCGGCCGCGCCGACUCGCCGCCGACGACGUCCCACUCGUGCAGCGACAAGCUCGCCCUGUGGGCGCUCGUCGGGCUCCAGGGCGCGCUGCUCGCCCGCGCCGGCAUGCGCGCCGUCCCGCUCGAGGCGCUCGUCGUCGGCGGGUUCGAGCGCGUGAGCGACGACGAGGACGGGGUCGAGACGAGGGAGCGGGUCCGGGACGAGUGCGUCGGGUUCGCGCCGAGGGCGUUCGAGGGCGCCAGGGAGGUCGUCGCCGAGCGAGAGGCGGUCGACUUGGCCGACGUCGCUGGGUGCGCCGAGUCGCUCAGCUACAUCGCCAACCUCGACUCGGCGCCAGCCGUCGAGAUCAUCACGAACGGCAUUCGGCAAGGAGCUUCAGCAAAGCGCAAACCCGAGCAGCCGCUCGGCCCCAAGAACAGGUCACGUCUCUGCAAGUUGUCGCUCUACCAGACGCACCUAUCCAUCGUCGACAAGCUCAGCAGCAUCUCGGCCGACGAUGCAGCGUCUACGUCCGCAAGAUCGGCGACAGAGAGCGCGCCCCUCGCACGUUCCCCGUCGUCACUUUUCGCCUCGUCCUCGACGUACUUCUCGACCAAGCAUCCUCCGACCACUCCCUCCCCUCCUCCCCUCCCUCUCCUCGCCUCGACGCUCGCCGGCCUCUCAGCUGUCGAGCGGUACCGCCUCCUCAAGGCGCUCGUUCGCGAGCCGGGCGAGGGCCCGUUCGCCGGGUGGCUCGUCAGCGGGCGCGAGUGGGAGUCGUUCGACGCCGAGGGGUGCGUCGGGAGUGUCGCUGCGGAUGCGGUCGUACAUCGGGAGGAGCGCGACAGCGAGGGAGCGAGGGCGGGCGAGGCACAGAUGUAG